AUGGAGGUGAACUCGUUUGCGACAGUAAUAAUUCACCCAUAUCCGAAUUACCCAAAAAGGCAAGCUGGGAAGAUAGAAUCAAUCCAUACCCAGAAUACUCAAAAAGACAAGCUGGAAACGAUAGGAUCCAUCCAUAUCCGGAAUACACAAAAAGGCAACCUGGAAACGAUAGGAUCCACCCAUACCCAGAAUACCCAAAAAGGCAGGAUCCGCCCAUACCCGGAAUACCCAAAAAAGCAAGCUGGAAACGAUAGGAUCCAUCCAUACCCGGAAUACCCAAAAAGGCAAGCUGGAAACGAUAGGAUCCAUCGAUACCCGGAAUACCCAAAAAGGCAAGCUGGAAACGAUAGGAUCCAACCAUAUCUGGAAUACCCAAAAAGGCCGGAUCCGCCCAUACCCGAAACACCCAAAAAGGCAAGCUGGAAACGACAGGAUCCACUCAUAUCUGGAAUACCCAAAAAAGGCAGGAUCCGCCCACACCCGGAAUACCCAAAUGGACAAGCUGGAAACGAUCGAAUCCACACAUAUCUGGAAUACACAAAAAGGCAAGCUGGAAACGAUAGGAUCCAUCUAUACCCGGAAUACCCAAACAGGCAGACUGGAAACGAUAGGAUUCAUCCAUACCCGAAAUACCAAAAAAGAAUACCCAAAAAGGCAGGAUCCGCCCAUACCCGCAAUACCCAAAAAGGCAAGCUGGAAACGAUAGGAUUCACCCAUACCCGGAAUACCCAAAAAGGCAGGAUCCGCCCAUACCCGGUAUACCCAAAAGGGCAAGCUGGAAACGAUAGGAUCCACCCAUAUCUGGAAUACACAAAAAGGCAAGCUGGAAACGAUAGGAUCCAUCCAUACCCGGAAUACCCAAAAAGGCAAGCUGGAAACGAUAGGAUCCAUCCAUACCCAGAAUACCCAAAAAGGCAAGCUGGAAACGAUAGGAUCCAACCAUAUCUGGAAUACCCAAAAAGGCCGGAUCCGCCCAUACCCGAAACACCCAAAAAGGCAAGCUGGAAACGACAGGAUCCACCCAUAUCUGGAAUACCCAAAAAAGGCAGGAUCCGCCCACACCCGGAAUACCCAAAUGGACAAGCUGGAAACGAUCGAAUCCACACAUAUCUGGAAUACACAAAAAGGCAAGCUGGAAACGAUAGGAUCCAUCUAUACCCGGAAUACCCAAACAGGCAGACUGGAAACGAUAGGAUUCAUCCAUACCCGAAAUACCAAAAAAGGCAAGCUUGA